GCUAUCUUCCUAACAGUUCUACUGCAGUUAAAGCAAUGCUUGCUACUGCCAGUAUUGGAGCAAUUUGGAGUUCAACAUCACCUGAUUUUGGCUCAACUGGAGUUCUUGAUAGAUUCAAGCAGAUCAAGCCCAAGGUUAUAUUUUCAGUUGAGGCCGUGUGAUACAAUAAAAAAAAACAUAAUAAUUUUAACAAGUUAAAAACUGUUGUGGACGGACUGCCUGAUCUUGAGAAGGUCGUUAUACAUCCAUUUUGUUCAUCUACUGUUGAUAUAUCUCAACUGAAGAACAGUAUUUUAUUGGAAGAUUUUCUCUCUGAUAAUACUGAUUUAACAUACAAGCAGCUGCUGUUCAACAACCCAUUGUUCAUAAUGUACUCCUCCGGUACUACAGGGUCACCUAAAUGUAAAUGUAUGGUACACUUAGCAGGAGUGAGUUUAUGAUA